AUGGCGCCUGCGAGCACCAGCAAACGAACCCCGCAAAAGGGCGCUACCGCUGUUACUGCGAGACGCAAGUCCGUUCAAUCGAAGCUCUCCUUCACCCCGAAGACUUCGUCCUCUUCCGCUACCGCUGCCAAGACGAAAACUGCGAGGCCCAAGCCGAAUCAAAGCAUCCUCAACUUCUUCAAGAAGGCGCCAGCUAAUGCGGGGGACGAGGACGGGCUGUUCAUUGAGGAGAGGAGUCUCAAUGCCGGUGAUCCUGCGGUGGUCGAGCUUGAGCUUGGUAAAUCCGGAUAUGAGGACGCCCCUGAGGAUGUGUGCGCCAUCUCCGGGACGGCCGGGGAUGACAGGUUCAAUGAGGCUGGCGGGUCAGUUAAGAGGAGGAAGUUGAGCCCCUGUGCUGGGGAUCUGUCAGCAGGGGAAGAGGUGAGGAAAGGCGACUCACCUGCGCGGUUUGAGGAUUCCGUGUUGUCUGGGUUACCGCUCAAGACGGCCCCGAAACGGCCACGUCCGGGGAAUCCGUUCUUGGACGAGGAGGAAGAGGAAGAGGAAGGGAAGGAUGACGGGCCUGGGGAAGAUGGCUUCCAAGACGAGAAUGGCGGCUCGCCGGCAGCCAACACAACAAGGGUGAGAUUGCCGACGCCGCUGUCUGUGUCUGAUGGUGCCUUAAGCGAGCAACAACAGCCACCGCCCCCGAUUCCUGAUUCCUCCACGCUUACCAAUAGACCGACACUUUCCAGGGAGAUACCUCUACCCGAGCCGGAGACACCAGGAACCGGCGUCGUAAAUGAUGGCGACUGCAGCGAUCCAAAAGACGCGAUUCAAGACGACUACUUUGAUCUUGAAGACGACGAUUUCACAGGUGAAGAGCUGGAUGCGAUGCGAUACAUGGAAGAGCAGGCACGGAUAGAGGCCGAAGAAGAUGAUGAUGAGGAGGAUGUUGUCAACGAAAGUGAAGGCUUUGGAGAAUCCAGGGCGGAGAGUUGCCCCGUGUGCAAUGGCAGUCUGACCGGCGCGACUACGGAACAGGCGAUGACACACGUAAACUCCUGUCUGGACGGUGAUCCGACGCCCUUGCCGACACCCACUACUGGUAUUGCUGUUAUUGAGAGUGCGGCAGUAAGCAAACGUUUCGCCAAAGCUGCUGUGCCGCGCCCAGGGCAGACAAAUCCCAUUAGCCUUGGGGCAGAUCCGGGUGAAGGGUCGUCGGCGUCCGCAUUCACCAGGCUCAUGUCCGGUCAUGCUGAAGAUGUAGCUUGGGCAACUGCUGCCGCGGCAGAGAACGCCGCGAGAGGUAUGCCUGCGUACAAGCGGACAUGUCCAUUCUACAAGAUUAUGCCCGGCUUCUCCGUCUGCGUUGACGCCUUCCGGUACGGCGCCGUCGAGGGUUGCAAGGCGUACUUUCUCAGCCACUUUCACAGUGAUCACUACAUCGGCUUGACCGCCAAUUGGACUCACGGUCCCAUUUACUGCAGCAAGGUUACCGGGUCGCUCGUCAAGUCCCAGCUAAAGACGGCUGCCAAGUACGUAGUCGAGCUCCAAUUUGAGCAGACGGUGCCCGUCCCAGAGACCAACGGCGUCACUGUCACCAUGAUCCCUGCCAAUCAUUGCCCUGGCAGCUCCCUCUUUCUCUUUGAAAAAGCCGUCGGCGGCGGCAGGACACAGCGGAUCCUCCAUUGCGGCGACUUCCGUGCGUGUCCCGCCCAGGUCGAGCACCCGCGGCUGCGGCCCGAGACCGCCGACGCCAUUUCGGGCCGCACAAGGCAGCAGAAGAUUGACGUCUGCUAUCUCGACACGACCUACCUCAGUCCGAAAUAUUCGUUUCCCCCACAGCAUGAAGUGAUUCGUGCUUGCGCCGAAAUGUGUGCACUGCUCAACAAGGGCCUCAUCGCCGGCGACGACAGCCAGUGGGAAGCGCUGCUGAGACGGCAAAGGAGAGGUGGUGCGAAGUCCAGUACAGAGGACGUCAGCAAGUUCUUCACCAGUGCAGCCUCCUCCACCUCUUCGCUCUCCAAAGUAGAAUCACAACAGAACCUCACCGCGACCGACGCCUUGACCGUCUCGAACCGCAACCGCAACCGCCUCCUGGUAGUCUGCGGAACGUACAGCAUCGGCAAAGAGCGCAUUUGCGUCGCCAUUGCCCAGGCUCUCAACACAAAGAUCUACGCCUCCCCCGCCAAGAUCCGCAUGUGCCGCCAGCUCGACGACGCCGAGCUCAGCGCCCUCCUGACGCCCAACCCUCUCGAAGCCCAGGUGCACAUGCAGAUGCUAAUGGAGAUCCGCGCCGAGACGCUAGCCGAGUACCUUGAGACGUACAAGGCUUCGUUCAGCCGCAUCGUCGGCUUCCGCCCCUCGGGCUGGAACUACCGCCCUUCUUCUAGUACCGGCACCGCUAGUGGCGCGACCAUCAAGAAGGACCUGCCCCCGACCAGCCUCCCUACCACCCAGCUACUCCACGGCGCCGGCUGGCACACGCGGUUCGCCCUCUCUGAUUUGGUGCCCCAGCGCGGCGCCGGCAAGGAAGUAAUGUGCUUUGGCGUGCCGUACAGCGAGCAUAGCAGUUUCCGGGAGCUGGCCAUGUUCUUGAUGGCGCUGAGGAUUGAGAAGGUCGUGCCGACGGUCAAUGUCGGGAGCGAGACCAGCAGGCGGCGCAUGAAAGCGUGGAUUGACCGCUGGUUGGGUGAGCGCAGGCGGGGCGGGUUGGUCAGGGUUCUGAAGGCCGAUGAGGGUAAAGUCGCCAUCGAUGGUGAGGGGAAUGGAAAUGUGUUGUGGGAUGGGAAGGAUGGGAGGGGAGGUGGGGUGUAUUGGUAAGGAAG